CUGUAAUAGAAAUUAUGACAUGGGAAACGGUUUCUUAAAAGUAAGAUGUGCUUUAAAGUGAACCACCAGUACUGCUGCUACUUUAUCGGAGUUCUGGCGAUGAUUUUGGGAUUCCUGGAAGUGGCGUUCAAGUCCGAGCAGAUAGAUUUGCAAAAUACGUGCGCCUAAUUGAACUGUUUCAGCGAGAUUCCUAGUCGCUUUAAAUUCUGAUUAAGAAAUCUGAUCACCGUAAAAAGGACCUCAAAUUCGAAAAUAAUUAGUCUUUUUAACAGAAAUUGUAUCGUCAAAAUAGUUUUAAAUUUUUUUUAAAGAAGUUAUAAAAGAAACAGGGAAGAACGCUAAAGUGGAGUGCUUCUACUAUCAUAAGCCUGUUACUCAGCUUGGGGGAGCAAAAGGGAAGGGAGCAAAGCGAUCUUGUAAAGCGCCACCUACUCGCUAUUUCAACAUAUGUUUGCUAUGUGGGCGGCUGCAUUCAUAUUAAUAGUAGUACCCCCGGUCAUUAUCUUCAAUGGACAAAUUGGUUAGGAUAUUUUGCACUACCAUUAUUAUUACAUAGUGUAAUUGGUGAUUAAAAAAAAGGAUCUGAUUCUCUUUUAGCGGAUUCGAAUUGGAAGAUGAAUAGUUACUGGAAUUCUAUAUUGUUGGCAUGCGUCAUAUCCUGGGUCAUGAUUAUGUUAGGCGCAGUUAUUCUGAUUGUUGGCGCUUUUUUGAAGGAUCGAAGGUUGUUACUUGUCUGGAUAAUAGUCGCUCUGGUUUUCGGAGUGGGUCUGAUUAUUUUGAAAAUAGUUAUAUUUACAUGCUUCCUUUUUAAACAUAAUGAAGAAACCCAUCAGCUCCUGUUUGGCAGUUUAACGAUAGUUAACAUAUUAUUGGUAUUUUUAUUCGUCUACUAUCCUUAUGCAUAUAGGCACGAACUGGAAGAUGAGCAAUACGAAUAAAUUUUAUUCAAAAGGCGUCUUAAUUACUUUUGCUUGGAAAAUCUGAUAUAGAAGUGUGGUAAACUAAAUAAUAUAAACCAAAAAAAAUAAAUAAAAAAUAUUACAAACGA